AUGGAUACCAGCACACCAGGUUCCACCCAAGACGAUGAGUCCGACUGGGCAAGAAAUACUUCAAUAGAGGAAUAUCUGACACAAAUGAACGUUAAUGAUACCUAUGAUACACUAUAUGACGUGCCGACGGGUAUGAUAGUGCUACUAUCGGUCCUCUACGGAUCAAUAUCGGUGUUAGCAGUGGUGGGGAACUUCCUAGUCAUGUGGGUGGUGGCAACGUCCCGGAGAAUGCAAAGUGUCACAAACUGUUACAUAGCAAACUUAGCUCUAGCUGAUAUUGUAAUAGGACUAUUUGCUGUACCAUUCCAAUUUCAAGCGGCUCUGCUGCAGCGGUGGUUGCUACCGCAUUUCAUGUGCGCCUUCUGUCCGUUCGUUCAGGCGCUAAGUGUUAAUGUUAGCGUGUUUACCUUAACUGCCAUUGCCGUCGACAGACAUCGAGCAAUAAUUACGCCACUAAGUGCGCACACAUCCAAACGUAUUGCCAAGGUGAUCAUCGUAUUCAUUUGGAUCCUCGCCCUAUCACUGGCGGCUCCCAUGGCGAUGUCCUGGGAAGUGGUGAUGGAGGAUGAAAUAGAUCCAGUUACGCGCAUGUUUUACAAAAAGCCAUUUUGCGCCCCGAGCGAGUUUGGAGCGCAUUCGUUGGCUAUUUAUAGGCUUCUCCUUUAUAUUUUUCAGUACAUUAUACCGCUGUGCGUCAUAACUUACGCAUACGUGCACAUGGCAAUGAAGUUGUGGGGCGCCCGUGCACCCGGCAACGCGCAGGAGACACGGGACGCUAACCAAAUGAAGAACAAAAAAAGGGUUAUAAAAAUGUUGGUGCUCGUAGUAGCUUUGUUUGCGCUUUGUUGGCUUCCACUCCAGAGUUACAUGCUGCUGCAAUCAUUUUUCCCAUCAAUUAACGAGUACAGAUACAUAAAUGUAAUUUUCUUUUGUUUCGAUUGGUUGGCAAUGAGCAACUCUUGCUACAAUCCCUUUAUAUAUGCAAUUUACAAUGAAAAAUUCAAGAAAGAAUUUAAACAGCGAUUUACUUUGAGGCAGAAGAGGAAUCGAUUCAAUAACGACAGUUACGAGGAUGGUCAAUCAUACAGAACGCGGGUGAUGUCUUUUCGGUCCACCACUGAAAGAAGUACUUAUUCGACCAGAAAAUCUAUAAAUUCAGGUCCUUUGGAUCCAAUGAAAUCGCACCCGAGAAGUUCCUGUCAUUGCGCAAGAAGCACUAAAAUUGGAUUAGAAUUAGACGAAGAAUCCCGGGCAAACGCUACCAGUGAAGUGGAAUCAUUUAAAAAUGGAACACAAAUAAAUACUAUGAAAGUUAACAAGUCGUCAAAUAGGCGUAAUAAACCAAAAAGAUUGUCGAAACACGAUUUGCCCAUUGGUGACGAAAGAGUCAGCGAAUUGUAUAUUUUUCCUAAUAGUAAUAUCGUAGAAUUCACAGAUAUGCUAUGCGAUAAUAAAGUG